AUGUCUCGUUUCACUAAAACGAUUGAUAUAAUAGCUCGCUUUAAACAUCUAAAGAGUCCUAAUAUACCAUUUUGCGUAAAAGCAUGCUGUGAUGAACUGUUGGAGCGUGUAAAAAUAGGCCAAUUGCGUGUCCUGCCCAAUUCUAUCACAAGUUUAUUUUCAAGUGCCUCAGAAGCAAGAAAGGUGGAAUUUACUAAAAUUGAAGAGACUUUAGAAGUAUUAAUGAUGCAUAAAAAGCCAGGAACUGUCAGUGAAGACAACAAUUAUAGAAUAUAUGGGUGCGGUCAGCUGCCAACGCAUAUGGUGUUUGCUGUGCUUUGGGAAUUUCUACAAAGAUCUCAGGACACUUUGGCAAUAUCUCUAGUAUAUCCUACAAACGGUUGGACAAUAUUAGGCCCACCAUAUUUCAAUGACUUUGAAGUAAUCGACGACACACGAUAUUUUAAAGAUGUUAGUCAUAUGUUGACUACAGUUCAACACAAAUUAGCGCUUCGCAAAGAUAUAUUUUGUUACAUAAUGAUGUUCUUAAUGACUAUGAUUGAAAAUGCAGUCGAAAAUCAUCGUGACAAACCAUCUAUCGGCACCUUGGUUCGGUAUCAAUUGGCGUAUUUAUUUGGACCACUGUUGUUAACAUUAAAAUGCGAUACAUGUGAUAGUCAUUUCGAGGCUACUUCAAACACAUGUACUGUGUGCUGUAUUAUUACUGAUUUGUUACAAGCUCCCUAUAUCGUUGACAUAAUGGAUAGACUGUUGCGUUAUGUACCAAAAGAAUAUUGGAACAAUGCUCUGAUAAAUCCUCGAAGUAUCAUAUCUACUGCACAAGAACCUGAGCAGCUUCAUGAAGAGAUCGUAAAUCACUUUCAUCGCUCAGUGCAAUUCCAAAGUACCACUUUGCCAGAUACUGUACGCUAUUUAUUUAGGAGUUCCUCAGUGAAUCAGUCUGUUUUAACAAGUAAAAGGAAGACAGUUACUGAUAGUGAAAUAGCUCCAAAAGAAGAAAAAUCUACUCUAGAUAAACCUCAGUUAUUCACUUCUGUUGAUGAAUCAGAAGUACACAUUGACGAAAUGAAAAGUCGAGCGAAAUCGGAUAAACUAAAAACUAUAGAUGAACACCCAGUAGUUAGCAAACGGAGAAAUAAAUCAGAACCUGGAUCAAAGAAAAUGAAACAAAGUUUAAAUAAGGGAGGAAGAAUGGUACGUAGUACUUCAACCAGACGACGUUCAUCAGUUCGAAUAAGUGGUGGAGGUAGCAAAAAACAGACACAUGAAGUGAAGUCUAAGAACAAGCCAAAUAAAAAAACUAAAGGCAAACGAAAAAGACCACGGUCAUCAUAUAAGGCGAAAACAGACUCACGAGUCACGUACUGA